UCUGCUCGUAGGUAGGCCUAGUACAGCCUGAUACACAGACCAUCUUAUAUACACGCCCAACUUUCUGAAAAGAAACGAUAAGGCGUGUAUUACUCAUAGUGUAUUUCACAUAUAGCAAACAGAUGAGAAGAACCUGAAGAUGAACCACGACAUCAUUUCAAGAUUUUAACUCUUGCCGGUAAACUUCCAAUUAAAAAAUCGACUAGCUAACAGAAGUGACAGUACUUAACAGAAUACAAGGACACACCGUGCUUCUACUUAAUUAUACUUCAUGCACAAUAAAAAACAAAUACAAUUAGCCAACCAAAUAAACAAUCUUCACUGCCUUCAUUUACUCUUCGCAGACAGACCAGCCAUUACUGAUAAUUUUAUAAUGUUCUUAUUGGUUAAAGAACCCUCCGGGUCCGAAACUCGCUCUUUAUUUCUAGUGCCACCGAAGAGAGCCAGCGACUCUGAGCAGUCUCUGGCUAGCGAUCCUCUAUUUCGUAAGAUGGCAGACACAGUGAAUGAACUCGACAUGGGUGAACAUGAAACAGUGGGAGAAAUGGUUAUAAAUAAUGGGGAAGAUCUCUGAAGACUUUUUGAUGUCCUUAACGAAGUUAAAUUUAUUAAUGAGCUGUGUUUAUAAAGACUAAUGCAAUUAAAAAUGAAUGACUGUACAAUUAUAUCUACGCAUUGUAGAAGAGAAUUUAUGUUGGCUGAACUUAAGAAAGAGAAUGGAAACCAACUCUAUAAAGUCAAGAAAUAUCAACAGGCUCUCCCAUUUUACACAGAAGCUAUUGAACUGUGUCCAGAGUCCCCAGCAUACUAUGGCAAUAGAUCGGCUUGCUACAUGAUGUUGCAUCAAUAUAAGGAAGCUUUGGAUGAUGCUCGGAAGGCCAUUCAACUUGAUCCAAAAUUUGUGAAAGGUUAUAUUCGGGUUGUGAAAUGCUGUCUUGCAUUAGGAGAUAUUGCUGCUGCAAAUAAUGCAAUAUCUACUGUUAAAGAGUUGGACCCAAACAACACUACCAUCUUGCCAGAAGUCAAGAAAAUUGAAGUAAUUCGUAGGUUUGAAGAAGAGGCAAACAAAGCGUAUGCAAAAGAAGAUUUUAGGAAGGUGGUGUACUGUAUGGAUCGUCUUCUUGAGCAGUCUCCAUGCAAAAGAUACAAGCUGCGGAGAGCAGAAUGCCUUGCUUUGUUAGGUCGAUAUCAAGAAGCACAAGAAGUUGCCAAUGAUAUUCUUCAUGUUGAUAUACAAAAUGCAGAAGCUAUAUAUGUUCGAGGUAUGUGUCUGUAUUACCAAGACCAUGUGGAUCAAGCAUUUCAACAUUUUCAGCGAGUUUUGAGAUUAUUUCCUGACCAUGAGAAAACAAAAGAGAUCUACAAGAAAGCAAAGAAUCUAAAGUUGAAGAAAGAAGAAGGUAAUGAAGCGUUUAAGGCUGGUCGUGUACAGGCUGCUUACACUCUCUACACAGAAGCUCUACAGAUUGAUCCUCAUAAUCUAUCUACUAAUGCCAAGUUAUAUUUCAAUAGAGCAACUGUCUCAUCUAAAUUGGGCCGAUUAAAUGAAGCCAUUGCAGAUUGUUCUGCUGCGUUGGAACUUGAUAGUACAUACCUGAAGGCAUUGCUUCGGCGUGCCAAAUGCUAUAUGGACUUAGGAGAAUAUGAAGAUGCAGUGCGAGACUAUGAGAGUGCUUGCAAAAUGGACAAGAGUAGGGAAAACAAAAGGUUACUUCAAGAAGCUAAGUUAACUUUAAAAAAAUCUAAGAGAAAAGAUUACUACAAGAUUCUGGGUAUUGACAGGAAUGCCUCAACUGAUGAAAUUAAGAAAGCAUACAGGAAGAGAGCUCUGGUACACCACCCAGAUCGGCAUGCUAAUGCCUCUGAUGGGGAAAAGAAAGAACAGGAGAGAAAGUUUAAAGAAGUUGGAGAAGCAUAUGGAAUUUUGUCUGAUCCCAAGAAGCGUGCACGUUAUGAUAAUGGUCAAGAUUUAGAAGACAUGGAUGGUAUGGGAGCCAAUGUUGAUCCAACAACAGUAUUCCAAGCAUUCUUUGGUGAUCAGUAUGCUUUUGGCAAUGGAGGCUUCACUUUCCAAUUUGGUUAAUUUACAUGAAUGUUAAUAUAAUACAUUCCUUUGCUGGCAGUACUUUACAUCAUGUUUGUGUGUAACCUUGAAGUAAAUUGCCUGGUGAAAGCUGACUGAUAAACGUGAAUGGUAAUCUGUAACAUCUUUUUCACAACUUGUGUUUCAUGGUAAUGUACUGUGCGUAGCCUUUUGAUGUGGCCCAUCAUAUAAAACCAUGUAACUAUUUUUUGUUAAAUUUGUGUGUUUUAUUAGUCAGUUAUUCUCAAUUUUACUGAUGAAGCAAAUUAUUUAUGGUCAUUGUGUGGAGUGGUAUAAAUGCCACAGUUCCAAGUUUGACUUGUAGCAUGUAAUUCCUUCCAAAAGAAUGCAUUUUAUUUUGAGUUAACGAGAUGCUCGUGUCUAGUUCAUAAAGACGACCACUGCCCCAAUUACUUCGCCUUUUGUAUCUGCUCUCUGCCCUUGAGUGUUGAAGUAGUUUAUUGUGGUUCUGUACGAUUUUCAUAGACUUUGUAGAUAUAAAUAUACGGCUUGUAAAUUCAUUUUAUUGAACUAUCACAUUAACUUUAUACAGUGUUCGUAAGUCGAGAACACCUUUACCAUGUUAGAAGUAAUUGACGUUAGUAUUUAUUUCUUGAAUAUCCUUGAGAGAAAGGACUUGAAAUGUUGCCAACUGCAUUUUUUACAGGCAGGCGACCUGUUUUUCUUUUUUUUAUAAAUAUAUAUUCUUAACGAAAUGCAGCAGAUAAUGUACUUUAAUAUCAUAAUAGCCUGUGAUGAUCAGCUGUGUAUCUUUUGCGUAUGUAAUAAAAAAAUUCAAUGUUAUAGGAAAAGCUCAUAACCAGCUGAAAAUAGUUGUUUUUCUUUCACAAAUUUUCUUCUGUUCCUUUUUCCACUACUAUCAUACUCUACUAGCCUUUUGCACUUUCACUGACCUCGAGAGUUGCACACAAGCCUCCAAGUGAAAAUUCAGACAGUGCUGAAGGGUGGGCAUGAUCCCCAUUCUAGGACUGAAGAUCAUCAGUUGUGGACCAUAGCAUGUAAAUUGAAAGAUUAAUCAAUGAGAACUUGGUAGGCU